GGAGGUCGGAGCUUCGCUUUGGCGAUUUGACCCUGCGCGGUCUGAGCUAUUAACGUCUGUGGACAUAAAGAAGAAAGUGCAUUUUUUUUGUAAAACACAUGUUCCUCAGAGUGUGCUUCUGAUCCGAGGAAAUAUGAUUUUCAAGAAUAUUCAGCCGAGAACCUGCAGAGCAUGGCUGUCUCUGGUCUCCCCUAGGCAGGAGCCAUGUUUCUACUCCACCGUCCCCCCCCAGCCCGUGCCCCCGCUGAACCAGACGCUGCAGGGCUAUCUGAGGGCUCUGGAGCCCCUGCUGCCCCCAGAUGAGCUCAACCACACCCGCAGGACUGUGCAGGAGUUCGGGAGACCCGGGGGGCUGGGACCGCGGCUGCAGGAGGGGCUGGAGAGGAGAGCCAGGAACACCAAGAACUGGAUCACAGACUGGUGGGUGCAGUGGGCGUACCUGGAGAGCAGGCAGCCUCUAGCGGUGCACUCAAACCCGGCCAUCUCUCUGCCCCGCCGGGAUUAUAACGACUGGAGGAGCCAGCUGCUGUUUGCAUCCAAAUUGAUAGCAGCAGUUCUGGACUUCAGAGCCAAAAUGCACAAUGGCCAGGUGCCAGUUGAGUACAUGCGAGGGAAGCCUCUGUGCAUGGAGCUGUACCCGCUCCUCUUCUCCUCCUGCAGGAUUCCCGGACCUAAACACGACUUUGUCUUUCGCUACGCAAAUUCCCGGCGCCCUCCAACACACAUCACAGUAGUUAGGAACUACCAGUUUUUCCAGCUCGAGGUUUACAACAGUGAUGGUUCACGGAUGACUGAGAGUCAGAUUCACAGUCAGCUGCACAGAAUCAGAUCUCAGUCCUGGAAGACCGACAAGGAGCCCAUGGGCAUCCUGACCAGCGAGCAUCGGCACACAUGGGGGGAAGCGUACAACCGCCUACUGAGAGACAAACUCAACCAGGAGUCUGUGCGGAUGAUAGAAACAGGACUUUUCUCCCUGUGCUUGGAUUCUCCAGUCAUGAGGAUAUCUGAUGAGAAGUACGCCAGCCGUAAAGCGGCUCAGAUUCUGCAUGGAGGCGGGACGUACUCUAACAGUGGAAACCGUUGGUUUGACAAAACACUGCAGUUUGUGGUAGGCGAGGACGGCUCAUGGGGCCUCCUGUAUGAACAGGCCACAGCCGAGGGUCCGCCCAUAACAAACCUUCUCCACCAUAUACUGGAGUACUGUGAGAAACCCGACCCAAAGAGAGCUCCACUUGUUCCUCUCCCGAUGCCCAAGAAGCUCUACUUCCACAUAGACCGAGACAUCAAGAGGGACAUAGAGCAGGCUAAGCAGAACUUAGACAUAUUGAUCAAUGACCUCGACGUCCACGUCUUCAACUUCAAAAAGUUUGGCAAAGAGCUUCCUAAGGAACACAACAUGAGCCCAAACUCCUUCAUCCAGGUCGCAGUGCAGCUCUCCUACUACAGAGUUCACAAUGAGGUGUGUCCUGCCUGCGAUAUCGCCUCACAGAGGAUGUUUCGAGGAGGAAGAACCGAGUACAUCCGCUCACCGACCAAUCAGGCAUUGAAGUUUAUCACGGCUUUCGAUGAUCCGAACAUAUCGAGAGAAGCAAAGCUGGAGCUGCUCAGAGAAGCUGUCAGUGCUUACGCUGAGCUGACUACACAGGCUCUUAAGGGGCAUGGCAUUGACCACCACCUGCUGGGGCUCAAGCUGCAGGCCAUUGAGGAAGGACUCAGCAUUCCCAAAAUCUUCAUGGACACCGCCUAUGGCCUGGCGACGCACUGGAAGCUGCGGACAGGACAGGUACCCGCAAACACAGACAGCGUCAUGUGCUUCGGACCCCUCGUUCCGGACGGUUAUGCCGUGUGUUACAACCCUCAGGCGGACCAUGUCCACUUCUCCAUCACUGCCUUCAACUGCUGCGAGGACACCAACGCAGAGACAAUGGCUCGCACUAUAAAGGAAACCUUGUGCGACCUGCAGGAGCUGCUGCAGCCUACCGUGUAGAGCUGCUCCUGCUCCAUCAAACAUGAGGAACCCUCUUUUCAAGAAGGAUA